AUGCGGCAGUGUUACUGGCUGGCUAUGGUGCAGAUGGCCCCCUUGGGCCCGCAGCGAGGGUUUUCAGACAAGAAAGAAAGGCUGAUGCAUCUUAAAACCAAACAGAGAGAAUUCCAAAAACAUGUUUUGAAGGCCAUGGAAGGGCUGAGAUGGAAAAUAAUGUCUUGCAAGAUGAGGAUUGAGCAGCUGAAACAGACCAUUUGCAAAGAAAAUGAUGAAAUGACAAGACACGCAGAGGGGCUUCUGAGAAUUAAAGAGGAGAACCAGAAGCAUUAUCGCAGGGCCCAGCGGCAUCAGGAGAAGAAAGAGAAGAUCCAGAGGCAUAACUGCAAGCUGGGAGACUUGGUAGAGAAAAAAACCUAUGACUUGAAAACCCAGUAUGAGCAUCUGGCAAACCUUCGUCGGACGCAUAUCCUGGAGCUAACAUCAGUCAUAUUUCCCAUUGAAGAAGUAAAGACAAGCAUGAGAGAUCCUGCAGAUGUGUCUUCUGAGAGUGACAAUGCUAUGACCUCUAGCACUGUGAGCAAGCUCGCGGAAGCCAGGAGAACCACGUAUCUCUCUGGGAGAUGGGUGUGUGAUGAUCAUAACGGUGACACCAGCAUCAGUAUCACAGGGCCUUGGAUAACUCUGCCUAAUAAUGGAGACUAUUCAGCAUAUUACAAUUGGGUGGAAGAGAAGAAAACUACACAAGGACCAGAUAUGGAACAUAAUAACCCUGCUUAUACCAUCAGUGCUGCAUUGUGCUAUGCAACUCAGCUUGUUAACACUUUGUCUCUCAUACUGGAUGUGAAUCUUCCCAAGAAGCUCUGCAACAGCGAGUUCUGUGGGGAGAAUCUCAGCAGACACAGGUUCACGCGGGCAGUGAAGAAGCUGAAUGCUAAUAUCCUUCACCUUUGCUUCUCUCAGCAUGUAAAUUUAGAUCUGUUGCACCCACUGCAUACGCUCAGGAACCUUAUGUACCUGGUCAGCCCAGACACUGAGAACUUGGGCAGGUCCGGGCCUUUCGAAAUUAGUGCUGAUCUCGAAGACUCCAUGGAGUUUGUGGAUCCCAGUGCCACCGGCGAAACGGACGAGAGCGGAGAUGAGCACGUCAGCGAUGAAGAGACAGACCUAGGGACAGACUGGGAGAAUCUGCCGAGCCCCAGGUUCUGCGAUAUCCCCUCUCAGCAGGUGGAGAUGCUGCAGAGCCAGAGCACGCAGGUGUCUCAGCCCAUUGCCAGCAGCAGCGCUGGCGGAAUGAUCUCGUCCGCUGCUGCCUCGGUGACCUCGUGGUUGAAGGCGUACACUGGACAUCGCUAACGAGCACGGGAAAAGGAUCAUAGGAUUUGUGGAAGGAAUCCCUCCCCGACAAUGCUGUAGUAAACCUUACCUAUUCAGUUAAGUAGUGCCUGGAACAAAGAAAAGGUCAGACUUUCAUUUUGUAAACCAGAAAAACCUUUUUAUUUACCCAAGAUGACUGUGAUGGUACCGUUUUGUAAAUUAGCUAGCUACGUACUUCUGACGGAUUCUGUGACGGCACUUUGUGUCUUGGUUCUGUCAGCAUUGUUGAGUAUCGAAGAAAAAGGACCCGGUAGCCUCCAGCUCUGCUUUCGAAAGAAGAAACAGAUUUGGGAGUAUUUGGAUCGAGAUGAGUACAGAGAGAAGGCUGCUCAGUGCGCAGUCCGGACAGUGGUGCAAGUGCAGUUCACGUUUUCUUAACUCCUUACAGGGUUUUCGUUUGUGUGUGUUUUAAAUCUGUCUUGCGUAAUGCAAAAAUGCGUAUUUCUAAAUUUUUUUCAUUCAGGACAUGAAAAUUAUGCAUUUUUAACAUGUUUUCUAAUCUCUGUUGCCAUAUUUUUACUACAAAGAAUCAGCAUGGACAGGAAUUCACACAGCAAAUUGCUCUUAUUUUAGAUUCGGUUGUGAAUCUUUACCCAGUUUUGCCGCAGAAAACUGGCUCGUUUCAUGCCGUUUCCACCGGUAGGUAGUCUAGAAGUUUCGUGUUGUGCUGUCCAAAGCACGCAGGCUCUUUACUCUUAAUAUCAUACACCAAAGAAACACUGGACGUUCUCUUAGCUAGACCCACAUUUGACGCCGAUAACAGGAUUGCGUUGUUGCAAUAAUACUCAUCAGUUACACCACCACGUUGCCACUUUUUAAUAUUAGAAAAACCUCAUUUCAAGCUAGUUGAGUGAAGUCACACGGUCUCCACACUACAUGCAUUUUCAACCCCAUUCUAUUUUAUGUUUAUGGGGGGGGUGGUUUUUUUCUUUCCUUGUUUACUGGACGCCAAGGGGUUGAUUUCGUUUCACCGCAGAAACGCUCACAGCGCAGCUGGCUCGCGUCUAAAACUGCAGGAGGUGCCGUGCUGACAGAUGCGUUCGUUAACAAGCGCUCCGCCGCUUCCUCUGCCUCGCGGUGUGUAUUACUUAAAGACGGGUUUGCUCAGUGAGACUUCCAACGUACGGUUUACAUUUUAUAUGGUUGGGACAUUGUACUUCUCCACGGGGUAAACCAAUGGAGAAGCAUCCUCCCAUC